UCACGAGCCACUGUCUGCAACAUUUUUCUGAUCUCCAAAAUCUGGUAUGUGAUGAAUGUGUUAUGUGCAUCACGAGUUAGCAUACAAAAACUUCACCGCGUUUUUGCUGUUUUUAUUUGGGCGUCCACUUGGGAGCGGACUAGCAGAAUGAAUUUGUUCCGCCCUGUUAAGAAAGGUGGCCUUGGCCUUGUUCAUUUGGUUUUGCGACAGGUUGUGUCGCGAUUUAUAUAUUUACGGGAUCAAAAUCACCCGUUCCUCCGCACUAUCAUACAAACGAGGCUACGGCGACUACUCCCGGAACUUAUAGCGUCGUCCUGCGAAAUGAUCAACGGUUCUGUAACCGGGUACCUGCGCGAGGUGGUUCUCUCGUUCAGAUUGCUGAACGCACGAUUUUCUUUAGAUUACUUAUUUAAUGUUAAGAAGAAAAAGCUAUAUAAGGACCUAGUGGAAAACAUGCUACCAGAGCCCUUGUACCGAUUCCCACAUCGUGGAGGCGCUGGACAGGAUGUGCUCAAACGAGUAAAGAAAAUGCCUAUACAACCAUCAGUUAAAACAUUCUUCUUUCAGUUGCACACAAACACACUCGCUGUUAAAACCUGGCUCCAAGAUAAAGGCAUCUUUAUACCCUGGACCACUGACUGCAUCUUAUGUAAGAAACCGGAAACGAUUGAACACGUAUUUCUAGACUGUUGGGACCCAAUAUUUCAUUGGGAUGUGCUUCAACGCACAUUAAAGAAACAACUACCCCUUGACCCUUACGGCAUUCGUUUCUUGCCGGUAGACGUAUCCGGGGGCUUUCCGUACGAUGUUAUCAUGGUCCUAAUACUUCACGCCUUGUGGAAAACGAGAACGCAAUAUCAGCAUGUUGAUAAAGAUAUACGCCCUGUUCGCGAACAUUUCAUUGAAAGUGUCGUGCGUCUGCGAGAUGUGUAUCGCGCUCUUGCCGAUCCGCCAGACUGGGUCUCCGUACUUGAUGUAUUGGUAUGCAUGAAAAGAUUUUAA